GAGCGGGGUGGAGCCGCUUCCACCCGCGCAGCCUCGGCGCGUAACUCGGGCUCCUUGGACUCGUGGCAUUCAAGCGGGGCUUCCUCUCUCCUCAGCUGAGCGUGGCAAGAAUCUCUUCUCCCGGGCUUGGCUGGAUCCGCCUUGGCAGACGCGCAACUGCACCGCGCAGGGCUAGAAAGCGGGUUGCGCGCGGCGCCAUAAGGACAGCGAGAGCAGCCCGCUGGAUUAGGCCUGUGGGAAGCGCGCAAGCAGGAUUGGAGCCCAAGGGCCCUCUCCCCUCCCGCGGUUUCCAGCCGGCAGGUGGGCCUUUGGCAGGAGAGAGAGAGAGAGAGAGAGCGACCGCCUGCUGCCGCCCUGCCAGGCCCACCCGCCCGCGAGCUUCGGUCGGGGCAGCCUUGGCCAGUCCUUUAGCGGGCUUCCUCAGAAGUAAGGCUGUGCUCGGGGUGGGCCUACUCGUCCCCUCUAGGAAAGCGGCAAGCCUGGCUUUUAAAACGAACAGGCCCGGCUUCCCAGUGAGCUCAGGGUGAAAAAAUAAAAUGAAACAGUAACGUAUCUUAACCGCAGGCUACACGGUUCUUACAGAAUUUGAAUUCCAACCUCCCUCCGCUGCGCCUGCCACUGAGGCUCCCUUCGCGCGCGCGAAGCCCAAGCCCUCCUUUAGCGACGCGCAUGCCCAGGAAGGUCGCCAGGCCUUGGCCUCCUGGGGCUGCUCAGGUGUUAACAUGCGCGCGAGAGGGGGGGCGUGGUAGUUCGCACGCGCGGGCCUCCCAAGAGGUACGUUGGUUCGGAGGGUCCCCGCCGCGAGACGCUGCGCUCCCUUUGCCUCUGAAGGAACGAGCCAAUCACACGCUUCGUCCCUAAGAGCGUGGGCUGAUUGGCCUCGCUCCCGGUGUUGAGGGAUCUGGCGGCCGGUUCCUUUCGAUGGGCUUCGCAACGUCCUCCGCCGCGUGCUUAUUGGAGGGAGGGGGCGGAGCCAUUUUAAUUCCGCACCAACGGCUGUAAGGGCGGGUAAUGGCCGCUGGAGGAUUUGCCGAUGCCUCCCGCUCUCAGAUGCCGCUGGUGGAGCCUCUUGCCUGGCUUCAGCAAUUAUUAUUAUCCCACGUCCUCCACGGCAAGGGCUCUCAAGAGAGGGCAGCCUGCUGCUUAGCAGUUUUGGGACUGCGCCGAGUGUGCACCACGUGAUUUCUCCGCACUGGAACCUUGUUCACACGUUAAGCUGAACGUUCCAAGCUGUGUGCGUACACGUUUCUGUCUGAAAGUGUGCCCUGUUGCGCAUAAAGGUGUUCCACUGAACACUGAAAGUGUUCCACUGUUGCACAUAAAGGUAUCCAGUUGGUGUGAGUUGAAUGUUAUAUUUUAAUAACUACAAGUGUACACCUGAACUGUUUAUGUAUGCAGUUGUACGGAUUGUAUACAUGUUGGAUCUAAGGUGAAGGGGCGGAGUACUCUAACUGGACACGGUAUAGAUUACUAACCCUGCAUAUACUGUGAGGUCUAAAAGAGAGGUGAAUACCUUGUACUGUACUUCUUGAGACAUUUGGUUGUUCACCAGCAGAGAGAAUUUUCAUUAGCUCAGGGAUAGGUAACCUGGGGCCUUCCAGUUGUUGCAGAACUGAACAUCUGUUGUUGCUGACCAUGGCUAGGUUGACUAGGGCUGAUGAGCCUUGGUCCAACAACACCUCAAAGGCUACAUACUCCCAUUCCUAAAUUAGAUGGACUUUUGAUCUGACCCAGAAGGGCAAAUCUUACAUUUUUAAAUUGCAACUGGAACUGCCACAUAAAAACAGAAAGAUCAUACAGCUGGGGUAGGGGGAAUUGCUGACAAAAGCAAGUGGUACAUUGGUUUUCAUCUGCUAUUGUUUGGUCUCGCCUACCUUCUACAGAACAUCUGCCUACUAUGUGAUGAUGUGAUUGCAUCACAAGUCACUGGGUGGGAUUUGCAAGUUAAAGUGAAGGGUCACUAUCAUAGCCACAUAUGAUAGCCUGACAAAACUGAGUCAAACCUGCCUGGAGAGCACACUAGUUGAGCCUCUAUGGAACAUUCAUUGUUUGUAUUGGACUCUCAGAACAAAUGUGAGCAGCUUACAAUACUAAUGUAAGUUAAGGUAAACCCAUCAGUUGACUUCUCUGGUUUGGGGAGUCCACCUUGAAAGUGGUCUUUGAGGCAUAUGUUGCUCAAAUGCGGAUGGUAAUAUCUUCUAACCAGUGUUCGAAAUUUUCCAGGUGCCUAUUGUACCUGACUAUCAGCAGUUUGCAACCAAGUGAAGAUGCCUGGGUGCCAGGAUGCCACCUGACAUCUUCACCAUUUGGAGAUGCAUGUCUGGGAAUCAUUGAAUCAGUUAGAUUUUAUCUGCACAAUCAGAAUUAAUUUCAGGAACCAAAAUGCUUUUUCUGUGCAGCCUGAGCAAGAGCAGUGAUCAACGUUGUAGUUAACUGUUAAAGCUUGUCUUCACUUACCCCACCACCCUGCUCACGGUUGUGAAGAAUAUCCUUAUGUUAUGAAUGGUCCAUGUCACCAUUGAGAAAAAGAGGUAGUAAUAGGCCAAUAUAUAUGUGGACUGUCCCUGGAUCAAGAGACUUUUAAGUUCUCAAAAUUCUUAACCUAGCUGAAGGUCGCCAUAUGAACUAGCCAGAUGUUUAACUGAUAAGCCAUCACAGACAAUCCAUCAUUUGAAAAAUAGGACUAGAGCCAUCUUGCCCAAAAAUAGCAACUAGACAUUCCCUUUAGGCGACAGUAACCUUGGUUUAAGGAGCCAUUUGGCACCUAGCUUAUAUAUCUGAGUUCCUAACAACACUUUAAACCAAGACGUCUUUAACUAGGCACCAGCUGCUGGAGAUAAGCUUACAGCUGCUUUGCCGCUCCCUGGUCCUUUUUGCUUAAAACAAAAGAGCCUAGUGGACCAGGCCAUUGGCCCAUCUAGUCCAACAUCCUGUCUGUUUAGUGGGCAACCAGAUGCCUAUACAAAGGACCUAAGUGUAACACAUUCUACUCUAAUGAUUCCUAGAAAGUGGCAUUCAGAGGCAUACUGCCAAGGUGUACAGAGCUAAGCCAAGGUUUUGGUUAGUGUGUCAUCUGAACUGGGACUCGCUGUUAACCUCCCUCCUCAAUCUCUAGCUUAGGUUUGUUUACUUGGCAGCAAAAAUGAACAGGUAGGAGCAAAGUGGCCGCAAGCUCAUCUCCAAGAACCUGCACAUUCAUGAGAUCCCAAUGUGCCAUAGUUUGACUUACCAUUUUGUGCAAACCUGGCCAACAACUGUUAUUAGCUGCCAGCCAAAGACAAUACAUUAAGAAGGAAGAGAAAGCAGUAAGAGAACCACUUAAAAGUACAAUGUGCUUUCACUGCAAACAGAACACUCAGGAUACUUUGCAUGGAUAUGAUUUUCACUGUGGAAACUGGAUAGUCCUUAAUGUUUGUAAUUUUAUGACCCGUGCAAAAUUGAAUGCAUGAAUCAAUAAUAAUAUUAGCACUAGGUCUUCAGCUGCUUCCACAUCUUGUUGAGAUUCUUCAUAUCCAUUGUAAUUCACUUCAUGUGUUUCUUAAUGUUAGAACUGGAUGCAUUUAUGGCCUUGGUUUUAUUUGUGCAACUAGUCUCUUUGAACUCCUUGGACCCAAAACCUAAAUCUUGUUGAGGAUUAUAGGCUUCAUUGUUAUCACAAAGUUAAAGGAGUGUUUCAUUUGUUCAAAACUAUUUUGUUCCGGUUUGGACGACUUUUAUCAAUUACUUUACAUCUGUAUUGUGGGGUGGGUGGGAGAGAAUAUUAGUAGACAUAAGAACAACAUUAUUUAUACGAUCUCUCCCACCUGCAGGUGGCUGACUUCACAUCUGUAACAAUGUCCAGCAUAAUAAAAGAAAGACUUGAACUUCAAAUGGCAGAAUUAGAAAUGCUUUUUUCUAUGUUUCCUGAUAAAGGAGAAAUAACUCUUCAGGAUGAAAAUAAUUUCCUUAAUGCUCAGAAAUAUCUGAACAAUACAAGUGAGAAUCUACCACAUAUAAUUGAAUAUUCAGUUGCCGUUACUAUUGAUGAACCAAAGGUGAGAUAAUCUGUUUUGGGUUGGGAUGUUUUUCUUUGCUUUUAAAAAACAUAAUAUUUUACUUAAUUAUUAAAUAUUUGUGCAUUUCUACCUUCAAUAAAGCCAACAUGUAUUGUAUUGAGCCAAUAUAUCAACUUAAGCCAGUGUACUAUAUUGCAUGCCCACAGCUGGAGUUAGCCUCAGCCAUUCAUGCUUCAUUUAGUCACUUCUGUAUUAAAUUACAAUACAGUGGUACCUCUGGUUGCGAACGGGAUCCGUUCCGGAGCCCCUUUCGCAACAUGAGCAAAACGCACCCCGCGUCUGCACGGGUCACAAUUCGCUGCUUCUGUGCAUGCGUGUGACGUCAUUUUGCGCAUCUGCGCAUGCGGCGAAACCCAGAAGUAACCCUUUCUGGUACUUCCGGUUUGCUGUGGGACGCAACCUGAUGCAAACGUAACGAGGUAUGACUGUAUUGUGAUGUGCUGCAUGCAAAGCAGUCACUGAAGACUGGAAAGUUUUGUGAACAUAUGUUUGCUUUUUAAUUUUAGGCAAGAAUAAAUUUGCAGGUAGCCCUACCUCAUGACUACCCCCAGGUGCCACCGCACCUUUUUGCAAGAUCAAGUGCUGUAGACAGGCAGCAACAACUGCAGCUCAACAAGGAUCUCGCUUCUUACAUUGCUUCUUUGGAACCAGGAGAACUUUGUGUAUGUGCUGCUGUGCAAUGGUUGCGAGACAACAGCAUAAGCUACUUAGAAAACAGCAAACUCCACUGCGAAAAUGUGCCAAGGGAGAGCGCAGUUAAAACGUUAUUCAGCCGGAUGUGGAUUUACAGCCACCACAUCUAUAGACAAGAACUAAGGAAAAAGAUUUUUGAUUGUGCAAAGAAAUUAAAUCUGACUGGUUUCUGCCUAACUGGCAAGCCUGGAAUCAUUUGUGUGGAAGGUGUCAAAGAAAACUGUGAAGAAUUUUGGCACGUUAUUAGAUAUCCCAACUGGAAACACAUUUCCUGCAAACAUGUCGAGAAUAGAGAGACUGAUGGAAAUGGGGAUAACCUACGUCUCUUUCAGACUUUUGAAGAUUUACAGUUUCAAGCCCAUGGUGACUACGGCCUGAGAAAUGACUAUCACAUGGACCUUGGACAGUUCCUAGAAUUCCUUAAGGGUCAUCAAAGUGAACAUGUAUUUCAGAUCUUGUUUGGCAUUGAAGGCAAAUGUUCUGACAACUAACAAUAAGCUAUGUUUUU